CCUGAUUCCUUAUGACGAGUGGCACAGUAAGCAUGGUGGACGCUCGUGCAUCUGAAUACCUCUCAAAUUCCCGGUCCCGGAAUAAUCGUCUGGAUGGACACGUCAAGCUCCGAUUAUCUUGCUUGGCAUGCCACGUGGGUAGCCCCGAUUAUUGCUGACUUAAGCAUCGGAGUGUCUACCCCGAGUUCCACCUCGGGGCUUUGCAGAGCUGGUAAUUCAUCUUUGCCUCAUGGGCAAAGUCAACCCCCCACCAACCUUCCACCCCUGAUCCCACCUCAAAUCCCAACUCAACUUCCACCUCAGCUCCUACCUCAGAUUCCCCCUAUGUUCCCUCCUGUCGAUCAUGCAGAAGGAGGAGAUGAAAACCAACCUCAUGCCUCAGCUCAUAACUCAACUUCCACUGCCAAUCAAGACAUAGUGGCAGCUCAGCUUGCUGCCAUGCAGCAACAGUUUGGUGUUUUUCAGUUGGUGCUGGCUCAGCUUUUAGUUAGAAAUAACCCUGGUGAUCCCCUCAUCAACUUACUAAACCCUGCUCAACAACCCUCAGCUCCACCACAGAAUCCUCAACCGGUUCAACCUGCUCCCGUUAUUAGCGAAUCUCAGGCUCAAUCCCAUAUCGCACCAGCUCAACAACCCAUCCCUGAUGAUGUUACUCGUCGCCUCGAUAGUCUGGAGAAGCUAGUAGCCGAACACCGAGGUGCUCCACCCCCACACCAUGCUACUGAUUCUAUACCUCACCCUCUGAACACCAACAUUACACUGGAACCCUAUCCUGCUGGCUUCAGAAUACCACAAUUGGAGACUUAUGAUGGGACGAAGGAUCCCGAUGAUCAUCUGCAUGCUUUCUACUCUUGUAUGCAAGCUCAGAACGCCUCUGACGCGUUGAUGUGCAAGAUCUUCCCCUCUACUCUCCGAGGUAAUGCCCGAACUUGGUAUUACAGUUUACCUCCGAGGUCAAUUAGUUCGUAUACAGAAAUGGCAUCUGCCUUUGCCACUAAGUUUUCCAGUAGAAGGUUGAUUAGGAAAACUACUUCUGAGUUGAUGCGGGUUAAACAGAGAGAUGGAGAAUCAUUGAAGAACUAUAUGAGCAGGUUUAAUGAUGCAGUUUUAGAGGUUAGUUCUUUUGAUCAAGCUGUGGGGAUUACCGCUGUGAUCUCCUGUCUUAAGCAUGACAGGUUCAGAGAUAGUUUGAUCAAACAUGCUGCCACCACCUUUAGCGAGGUAAACGACAGGUCUCUAAAAUUUAUAACUGCUGAGGAAUACGCCCUGGCGCAAAAUCCUCCUCCCACUAAGAACCAGAACCCAGAAUGGAGAGAUGACAAUCCGAGCCGGAAAAGGAUAAUCGGGAUUAAGAAUAAGAUGGAUUUACGGCGUCCUGGCCUAAUGAAAGCUGCUGCUGCUAGUCGAGACCACACCAGAUAUUGUGAUUUUCAUCAAGAUCACGGCCAUACUACAGAGCAGUGCAACAGCUUAAAAUUCGAACUGGAAAGUUUAGCUCAGAAGGGAAUGCUGAAUGAGUAUGUUCAGAGAGCUGAACAGCCGAGGUUUGUCAGAGAGCAGAGGCCGCACCCUCAAGGAGUCCGCAAUCCCCCAAAUAGACAAGGUGUGGGAUAUCAGCAAGCCCCACCUCCGCUCCCACCACCGGCUAGAAUCAUACACAUGAUUACGAGAGGCCUUAAAGUAGGUGAAUUGAGCUCUAAGCAGCGAAAGCUAUAUGUUAAAGAGGUUAAACAUCAAAACCGAGCUCAGAAGCGGAAGAUUGACGAUGCUGAAUGGAAGAAUCAACCCCUCAUUUUCACAUCUGCUGACCUCGACAUAGUUGUUACACCCCACAAUGAUCCUCUGGUCACUUCUAUCAUGAUCAAUAACUGUGAAGUACAACGUGUCCUUGUUGACACCGGGAGUGCACCAGACAUCAUGUAUUUCCACUGUUUUGAGAGUCUGGGACUAGAUCCAGCAUUGUUGCAGAAGUAUGAUGGUCCUAUCUAUGGUUUCAACAACCAACCUGUUCCGGUAGAAGGAGUUCUUACCCUCCAUGUGGCUUUUGGGAGUGGUAGGACCUAUGUAACCCCUUCAGUCCGGUUCCUCGUCGUCAAGAUGGCCCUUUCUUUCAACAUUGUUAUUGGCCGACCCACAUUGACCAAAAUCCGAGCUGUGGUUUCCCAAUCUCACCUCUGUAUGAAGUUCCCAACUCCUAUGAGAAUAGCAACACUGCGAGGAAACCAAGAGGUGGCCAGACAUUGUUAUAUCACCUCGGUAACACAACCAACGAAGGGCAAAGAUCAAACAUCCGAGGUCAUUCCCCAGCAGAUUCUUGAUAAUCAACAGGUUAUGGGUGUAGAGAUCGUCGAUAAUCGACCGGAAGAUGAAACCAGAGCUACUCCGGUCGAAGAUGUUGAAGAAGUGCUCGUUGAUGACAGAGAUCCGAGCCGAAAAAUGCAAAUCGAAACUAGAUUGAACCCGGAGGAGAGAGCAGAACUGAUAGCUUUUCUCCGAGCUAACAAUGAUGUAUUUGCAUGGACUUCGGCAGAUAUGCCAGGCAUCCCAAAGUCAGUGACUCAACAUAAGCUCAGCAUCAAUCCAUUGAAGAAACCAGUAGCCCAGAAGCAGCGUCUCUUCGGGGGGGAGAGGCUUCAGGCUAUUAAAGAAGAGGUAGAGAAACUCUUACAAGUUGGUUUUGUCAGGAAAGUUGAUUACUACGAAUGGGUGGCUAACCCAGUCCUGGUGAAGAAGGCAAACGGUAAAUGGCGAAUGUGUAUCGAUUACACAAAUCUUAAUGACGCCUGCCCUAAGGAUUGCUAUCCGAUGCCGAGCAUUGACAAAUUAGUUGAAGCGGCUUCAGGCAAUGAGAGGUUAAGCCUCUUGGAUGCAUAUUCUGGGUAUCACCAAGUGCCAAUGGCUCCCGAAGAUGAAGAGAAAACCUCGUUCUAUGCUGGCGAUGAAAUUUAUUGUUAUGUCAUGAUGCCGUUCGGUUUAAAGAACGCAGGUGCUACUUAUCAGAAAAUGGUGACCAUAGUCUUUCGAGCUCAGAUUGGCAAGAAUCUAGAGGUGUAUGUGGAUGACAUUGUGGUAAAGAGUCUGAAAGCAGAAAACCAUCUAGCCGACCUCGAUGAAACCUUUAAUAACCUCAGGAAGAACCGGAUGCGGUUAAACCCGGCCAAGUGCAUCUUUGGAGUAGAGUCUGGGAAGUUUCUAGGCUUCAUGGUGUCCCGAAGAGGGAUUGAGGUCAAUCCAGAGAAGAUCAGAGCAAUUGCCGAGAUGGAACCGCCGAAGUCAGUAAAAGAUAUACAGAGGUUGACUGGAAGGGCUAUAGAUGGGGAAAUUCUUUAUCUGUAUCUGGGGAUUUCAGACGAAGCCAUUAGUACGGUUCUGGUGAGAGAAGAAGCCAAGCAGCAGAAACCAAUCUAUUAUAUCAGCAGUGUACUGCACGGGGCAGAGCUGAGGUAUCCUAUAGUUGAGAAAGCAGCUUUAGCAGUUGUCACUUCGGCCAAGAAGUUGAGGCCAUAUUUCCAGUCACACCCAAUUAUCGUUCUCACAGAUCAACCUCUCCGGCAGAUUCUGCAAAAACCAGAGUGCUCUGGAAGAUUAAUUAAGUGGGCAGUAGAACUGGGGGAGUUUGAGAUCACGUUUCAGCAGAGAUCGGCCAUCCGAGCUCAAGCAUUAGCAGAUUUUAUUGUCGAGUGCACUCCAUGUCCUUCAACCUCUAAUCCAGAACCCAACGACUGGACUUUAUAUGUUGAUGGAGCAUCUAGUAGCAAGGGUUCAGGGGCUGGUGCUCUCUUGAUUGGUCCAGAGGGAUACCGAAGCGAACACGCCCUGAAGUUCAACUUUGAUGCGACAAAUAACAUGGCUGAGUAUGAAGCUCUGCUACUUGGUCUACAACUAGCAUUAGAGUUGAAAAUCAGUGCAAUUCAAGUGUACAGUGACUCUCAGCUGGUGGUGAAUCAAAUCAACUCUAUUUGCGAAGUCGUUGAUCCUGUGAUGGUAAAGUAUGUAGCCUUGGUGGCCGAGCUGAAGUGCAAAUUUCAGAAAUUCUGUCUGAGUAAAAUUCCCCGAGCUGAGAAUGAACAGGCAGAUUCACUCUCCAAGUUUGCCUCUGAUAGCUCUUUAAGCUCCAGAUCCGUUUUUGUAGAGGUCUUAGAUGAACCAAGCUUCACGAAGUCUCGGGAGGCAAUGAAAUUGAGGAAGAAAGCAUCUCGGUAUACACUUGUUGAUGGAGUCCUGUAUAAGAGAUCUUUCUCACUUCCUCUUCUACUGUGUUUAAACCCCUAUGAAGCUGAAUACGCACUUCGAGAAGUGCAUGAGGGUGUUUGUGGGAGCCAUGUUGGUGCUAGGACUCUCGCUCACAAAGUCUUAAGACAAGGAUACUACUGGCCAAACAUGUACAAAGAUGCCACUUACUUUGUUCAGAAAUGCCCGAAAUGUCAAUUCUUCGCACACCUGACUCACCAACCAGCAGAAGAGCUCACGAACUUGGUAGCGCCGUGGCCAUUUGCUCAGUGGGGACUGGAUCUUUUAGGCCCAUUUGUGAAAGGGGUCGGUGGUGUAACUCAUCUGGUUGUUGGUGUAGAUUAUUUCACGAAGUGGGUUGAAGCUCGGCCUUUAUCUAGUCUUACCUCUAAGAAGGUCGAAGAUUUUGUUUUCAGUUCGAUCAUCUGCAGAUAUGGGAUCCCAAAUCAGAUUGUGGCUGAUAAUGGAACUCAAUUCAAUUGCUCUUUAUUCCGAGAUUUCUGUUCCAGUUAUGGGAUCAAGUUACAGUUCACCUCUGUUUACCAUCCGGAGUCCAAUGGCAUGGUGGAAUCUGUUAACAAAUGCAUUUUGGAGGGUAUAAGGCCGAGAUUGGAGCAGCAUAAGGCCAAGUGGGCAGACGAGCUCAACAACAACUCCCAAGCUUCCGGGUCACCCAUUUCGAUGAAGAACAAAAUGGACAACUGCUUCGGGAAAACCUUGAUCUGCUUGCGGAAGUCAGAGAAGAAGCUUGGCUUCGAACUCUUGUAUACAAGCAGAAGCUAGCCAACUUCUACAAUAAACGGGUCCGCCCUCG